GCAUUAGCGUCACCCGGCAGGGGCCGGGCGGGUAACCCACCCCCACCCGAUCUGGCGGCGGGGACGGAAGGCGCGAGCCGUGGCCGGAGCUGCGCGUGGGCCUGGCCUCGCUGCCGCGGAGCAGGGGGCUGAGCGCGAGCGGCCGGCGCGGCCCCGGGCGGUUCCCCGCGGUGCAAUAUGUUCAAGAGAAUGGCUGAGUUCGGGCCUGACUCCGGGGGAAGAGUGAAGGGUGUUACUAUUGUGAAACCUAUAGUUUAUGGAAAUGUUGCACGUUAUUUUGGAAAGAAGAGAGAGGAAGAUGGACACACACAUCAGUGGACGGUUUAUGUAAAGCCUUAUAGAAAUGAGGAUAUGUCUGCUUAUGUGAAGAAAAUUCAAUUUAAACUACAUGAAAGCUAUGGUAAUCCUUUAAGAGUUGUUACCAAACCACCAUAUGAAAUCACUGAAACGGGUUGGGGUGAAUUUGAAAUAAUCAUCAAGAUAUUUUUUAUUGAUCCCAAUGAAAGACCUGUAACUUUAUAUCAUUUGCUGAAGCUGUUUCAGUCUGACACCAAUGCAAUACUGGGAAAGAAAACUGUAGUAUCCGAGUUUUAUGAUGAGAUGAUAUUUCAAGAUCCUACUGCUAUGAUGCAGCAGCUUUUGACAACAUCUCGUCAGCUAACUCUAGGAGCUUAUAAGCAUGAAACAGAGUUUGCAGAUCUUGAAGUAAAAACCAGGGAAAAGCUGGAAGCUGCCAAAAAGAAAACCAGUUUUGAAAUUGCUGAGCUUAAAGAGAGAUUAAAAGCAAGUCGUGAAACUAUCAACUGUUUAAAGAGUGAAAUCAGGAAACUAGAAGAAGAUGACCAGUCUAAAGAUAUCUAACAAGUAUCAAUUUGAUAGAGACUUUGCUGUAAAUAAAGGGACUUGUUAACAUUGUUCCAUGAUCCGUAUUACCUCAAAUUUCAUAGAGGGGGCUAUGUACAGUUUCAUCCAUGAAUUUCAUUUCAAAAGAUUGUUGCAUUUGAGGCCAGCUUUACAGAUGAAAAAUGUCCAGUGUUUAAACUAUAGAAGUAUGUGAAAUUUUUUUUUUAUCAUUUUAAAGAAUGUAAUUCUUUGAAAUCAGACUUUUUAAAAAUUGCAGUGAGUGCAGCAUGGUAACUUUGUAAUAAAUCUCCGGUUACUAUCAUUUACAACAUGUAAUGAGUUUUCAUACUCCAUUUACUCUUUCUAAAUGAUUUGGAGACAAAUCUUUAAAACUGAACAUUAAAAUAGUAGUAGCUUUUUCACUGUUAGGAAUCUGAAACUCCUCUGCUUAGUGUUGGCUUCACAUCCAGUAUGAUGAGUAAACUUGAAGGGAGAGUUAAAAGCUUUGGUAUGCAGGUAGAUUAAGCCUGUCAGUUUAAAAUUACUUCUGUUUUCUGGUAUUGGUAUUAGGAAAAAGUAAGCUGGUAGAGAUUCAGGAGGAUGAGAUUCUUUUAACUAGCAGUUCUACUUUACAAAUGGUACAGAGACAAACUAUACAAAUGUAGAUCAGACUUGUAUAAAUGCAGCAACCACAUUACUUAUAUUCCGAGAUGUAAGGUGACUUGUCAUGUUUUGCAGCUUUCUGUUGCCUAAUAUAUUAGUAUUAUACUCUAUUUGUUACCAGCUCAGUAACUCUAGUAUACAUCCUUAUUGAAAAAGCAGUACCUGUUCCCCUUCUCAGCUCUGACUUUAUUCAUAGGAAUAGAAGAGCCUGGCAGUGAUGGAGCAACUUGUGAUCUUGGAAUAAAAGGGUUAUCUUCCCUGCUAUUUUUUAAAGUACCACUUUACAAUAAAAUCACCUGUUAAAUACACACACACACAAACCCCAGGAAUUAAUGUGAGAUUAUGAAGAUUCAAAGCAUUGGGAUUGCUUUAAAUUUGAGAUGAACGUGAACCGCCUGUUGACCCUGACUUUAGUAAACUAAAUAAAUUUAAAACAGUUUCAUAGAAUUGUAACAUACUUCAAAUAAUGCAGUUUUUUGAUAUCUGCACUUAAUACAGAAUUGGAAGGAUUUUGCCUUUUCAUUCUCUGGCCCCACGAUCCAGCCAAGAUAUGUGGGAAUCAAAUGAGAAGGCACAAGCCAAGACCCUUUGUUAAAAGGUGUUUCAAAGAGUUAUAAUUUUUCCAUGGAACCAACUAC